UUAAUCAAGGAGGAUCAAAGUGAAGCUACAGGAGUUUCAUUAACGUCAACAACUUGGACCGAACACUUUGUUUUGCUUGAUGAAGAGCAGGAAGGGCAGCCUGGAGAGAAAGAGAAGCCGGGUUGAGCCCACUACCAUCAUCCACGUACCACAAGGAAGAUGAGGGAGAGAAAUGAUCCUAGCAUUAAAGAGACUGUGAAAAGAACGUUGAGAACAUCACCACUCUACAGGAAGACACAGUCCAGUAAUGGGUGUCAGAAGUUCAGUAGUGAACGACAGGGCAAAGACAGUGAUGAACAGCCACAGCUGACAGUGGACAUUGAGGAGCCACACACGGAGGUCCUGGAGGAGACUGUGGACAAAGGUGAAGAUUUGGUUUACUCCCUCAAUGACAGGCCACCAUGGUACCUCUGCAUUCUGCUUGGCUUCCAGCAUUACAUCCUCGCUUUCGGCGGCAUCAUUGCAAUCCCACUGAUCCUGGCUGAGCCUCUGUGCAUUAAGGACAACAACGUCGCCAAAAGCCAGCUCAUCUCCACCAUAUUCUUCGUGUCAGGGUUAUGUACACUGCUACAGACGGCUGUCGGCACCAGGUUACCGAUCCUUCAGGGUGGGACCUUCAGUUUCAUCACUCCGACCCUGGCCAUUCUCGCUCUGCCGAAGUGGCAAUGUCCAUCCCCAAACUCCCCAGUUAUGGUGUCCAUCAACACACAGAAUGGCACCAGGCUCAUAGAAGAUUCUGAUGAAGUCUGGAUGUCACGAAUGCGUGAGAUCCAGGGAGCCAUCCUGGUGUCGUCUCUGCUGCAGAUUGUCCUGGGCUUCUCCGGGCUGGUGGGCCUGGUGCUCAAAUAUAUAGGCCCUCUGGCUAUCGCUCCCACCAUCAAUCUAAUCGGCCUGUCGCUGUUCAUUGAGGCUGGAAAGAAGUCUGGAGGUCACUGGGGAAUAGCUGCUCUCACCGUCUGCCUGAUCCUCCUUUUCUCCCAAUAUCUCAGCAAAGUUGAUGUCCCAAUGAUCGCAUACAAGGAUAAGAAGUGGAAGGUUUUCCAGUAUCCGCUGUUCAAGCUCUUUUCGGCUUUGUUUGGGAUGUGUGGCAGCUGGCUGGUCUGCUUCUUACUGACCAUCUUUGACGUCCUGCCUUCAAAGUCGAAUGAGUAUGGCUAUUCAGCCAGGACCGACAUCAGCCUGGACGCUGUAGCAAACUCCCCAUGGUUCCAUGUACCUUACCCUGGUCAAUGGGGUAUGCCAACAGUAAGUGUGUCUUCAGUGCUGGGUAUGAUGGCAGGCGUCUUGGCAUCUACCAUGGAAUCUAUUGGUGACUACUACGCUUGCGCUCGCUUGUCCGGUGCCCCUCCACCACCUACUCACGCUAUUAACCGAGGUAUUGCUGUAGAGGGCAUCGGCUGCAUCCUGGCUGCACUUUGGGGAACUGGAAACGGCACCACCUCCUAUAGCCAGAACAUCGCUGCACUAGGCAUUACCAAGGUUGGCAGCAGACUUGUUCUCCAGACGACUGGUAUUCUCAUGAUCAUCCUGGGAAUCUUUGGGAAGUUUGGAGCAGUUUUUAUCACCAUCCCAGAUCCGGUCAUUGGAGGCAUGUUCCUUGUAAUGUUUGGAAUGAUUGCAGCUGUGGGGAUAUCCAACCUUCAGUAUGUGGACCUGAAUUCAUCCCGUAACCUCCUCAUCCUCGGCUUCUCUACCUUCAGUGGACUUGUUUUACCCACCUGGUUUCACUCCAAUCCUGGCAUCAUUGACACAGGAAUAAAAGAACUGGACCAAGUCAUUGUUGUGCUCUUCACCACCCACAUGUUCAUCGGAGGAUUCCUUGGGUUCAUCUUGGAUAACACAAUUCCAGGUACUGAAAAAGAGCGGGGCAUCAAGAGCUGGCAGGAGAAGGUGCACCAGGAGGGCAAAAAAAUGUGUGACCAAUCUUGCUAUGAUAUCCCUUUCUGCAAUGGUAUUUUGAAACGGUUUCGAUGUUUUCAGUACCUGCCCUUCCUCCCUUCUUACAAGACCAACCAAUAGGGAACAUUCAAGUAAUGAAGUGUUACCCUACAGGGUGGCCCUUUGGGCGGGUAAAGCCAAACAGUAGUUUACCUUAGGAUUGAGAGAUAGAACAAGUGGAACUGGAAUUGCAUUGAAAACAGGCUUCUAACCUCACAUAAACAUUGUUGGCUCAUAGGUUGUUUCAUUGUUUUACAUUAUUCAUGGUGAUGUUAAAUUGUUAGAGUGGAGUUAUAAAUAUGCUGACCACCAAGCUGAAUCUGUUAAUACUGUGCUGAGGCUUGACGGUCUUUACUACAGUGUGAGGGAAUGAAAAAAUUCACUUUUCUGAUAAAUAAAUACCAUCUUAUCCAAACCACAUAUCAUCUUGAGCACUUCAAGCAUUUUGUCCUUGUAUAAAGUCAGAAACUGAUUCAACUGAAUUUAUAGGAAAUAGUUGAGUUGCUGUAUCUACUAACUGUUGGAAUUUCCCCAAAAUUAACCUGCUCGAAAAGCAAAGAACAGCUGGAUACAGUGAGGAGGAAUAAUCAGAUAUAAUAUAUUAAAGAGAUAGUCCUCCUUACAUAUGUAAAAGACAGCAACAAUCUAUAACAUUUGUUCAUUUUAAUAGAUUUUAUCUCAUUGAAUUUAAUAUAUAUAAACAUAAAUGUAUACAUAUUUUUAUAGACAUCUCUUGCGAUCAAAGGAAAGUAAGCAUUACAUUGAAAAAAAAUUGGCAAAUCAAUGGACUAAUGUAUUGUUCCAAAGCAAUGUCAGAAAUGACGUGUCAUUUUUUUUUCUUCUCUAUUGUGUUAUUUAGGUUUUUAUGUGUAUAAAAGUUCUGCAAAGUUUAAAGUCCAAAGUCCAAAGUGAAGGGAGCUCCACAGAAAACACUGCUCCUGAGGACCUGAAACACCUCAUUUGUAGGUUGGUUGAAACUUACAUAAUAGUGAUGUCACGUGAGAAUUAUUUAUGUUACGUGACAGUGGGAUGCCCCAGAUUUGCUAAAUGCACAUCUAGUAGGUAAAGCCAGGAAAAGCAGCAUUGUCCAAAUAUGCUGGAAUCAACUUACCAAUCACAACAGAGCAGGCUAGCUGACCAAUCAUUGCAGACCAGCCUCUAUCAGGACGGGGGCCUGAAAGAGACAGGAGCUAAAACCACGAGUUUCAGACAGAGGCUGAAAAAAGGAUCAAGUAGGCUAAGAGGAAAAGUAGUGAAUUUUCUGAACAUUUCAGAAUUUUUAAAUAAUAACCCAAAGUAAACUCAUGAACCUGAAUAUUAGCAUAUGUUGCCUUUAAAGCCUCACACAAAGCCUGACUGAAUAAUUAUUUGUGUCCCGAAGCUCUAAGGUGUUACGAACGCACACAUUUUCAGUACGAUGAUUACUACCUCAACAAUAACAGCGGCUAAGAGAAACAUAUAAUUAAUGAAAGUUUUUUCCAUUUGAAUAAAAUGGUAUUCUGUUUUGUCUUUGAAAAGAGCCGUUUUCAUCAACAUUACUGCUUUAUACAGUACAUUUUGUCCUUUGUCACUCUAAAAGAAGUACAUUUGUGAUUUUGAAAUAUGAUGAUUUUACAUUUAAGAAUAUUUGUUAUUUUUAGUUUUUGUACUAUAACUUUGAAUCGAUUAUAACCUGUGACAAUAAAGGUUUGUUGUUAAAUAAA